CAGUGUGAUACGGAGUAUAAAACCCCGAGCUUACAGUGACAGCUGACACGAGAAAGGGCGAGGUGUGUAGAGAAUGGGUUUCGGCAACAUGAGCAGCUGCCUGCCUCUUCUGGUUAUCUUGUGCUGUGGUAUGUUCCAAGACAUUCUGUCCCAAAAUCACAACUGUCCAUCAGGUCAUCAAUUUGAACCAUCACAAAACAAAUGUUUCGAUAUCAAUGAAUGUGAAAAUGUUACUAUAUGUGGACCUCGCAAAAUGUGUUGGAACACAGCUGGUUCUUACAAGUGUCCAUGCAAGCAAGGGUACAAUGAAAUCAAACAGGACUGUGAAGAUAUCGAUGAAUGUACUUCCACUCCGUGUGCCCAUGAAGCAACUUGUCAGAACACAGAUGGGUCUUUCAACUGUAUUUGCAGCACAGGUUUUCAGUCGACUGAGAAGGCUGGCUCCAAUGGAAGGAGGAGCUGUGAAGAUAUCGAUGAAUGCAAAUCCUCACCUUGUCACAAACAUGCAACUUGCAUCAACGUGAUGGGAUCCUACCAGUGCAACUGCAACACAGGGUUUCGGGCAUUACCUGCGACCACCAACCUCACAGCAGGGAAAGUUUGUGAAGAUGUGGAUGAAUGCCAGGAUAAAAGUGCGUGCGGAGUGAACACGACCUGUCGCAACUCCUUUGGGUCUUUUUACUGCACCUGCAAAGUGGGAUAUCACCAGAAACAGGGAGACACUCAGCUGGCCUGUACAGUGGAUCCACUUUACUGUCCUGUCUCUGAGAAGCAGAACUCUACGCUGUCGCAGUGCAACUUGAAUUAUCCAGCAAACGCCCAGCAGAUUGCCCAGUUAAACUCUGCAGAAGACGUGCUGACAGUAACUGAUUGCUACCGUGAUAAAAUCUGUGAGAAUUUCAGUGUGACAAACGAUACCAAGGAUAUAACAACAUUUGUAAACAGUGUUCUUAAUAGUUCCCGGCUGAAGAGCAUGGACACCACUCAAAGGCUGGAGGUGGCAACGGCCGCAGUGGACCUCUUGGAGAACAUGGCAAUGGCGAUUGCUCUGAAACUACCAAGUUCAAAGGCAGAGACCAUAGAAACAAACUCUUUUGUUCUUAAGGUCAAGGUGCCUAAAAGGAACAAUGCGGGUGCAGACCAACAGGUGAAAUUGGAAACUCAGAAUAAUUCCUUCGAGAUUUACUGGAGAACUAUUGCUGGAGAAAAUAACACUGAGUUUCAGGCCGUUUCCUUUAUUGUAUUCAAAGACUUGGAAUCCCUGCUGAACCAAGUGAUUGAAGACGGCCGUCCAUCUCAGAACAAUGUCUCAUUAAACUCCCAGGUGAUAGCCGCCACCAUCAGCAACAAAGCUGUCAGCUCUAAUCUGAAGGAAAAGUUCAAUUUGACUCUGAAACUCAACCAGGAAAAGGAAGUUGGUGAAGAGCUAGAAUGUGUCUAUUGGAGUAAUACCGAAAAGAACAGUGUCUGGAAAUCUGAUGGUUGUGAACGGAUCGAUUCCAAUCAGACCCAUGUAACCUGCCAGUGUAACCACCUGACAAGCUUUGCUAUUUUAAUGGUUCCAGUUAAGAUUGAGACUGACGAUUGGCACUUGGAGGUGAUCACCUACAUCGGCCUCAUCAUCUCCCUUUUCUGCCUCGCUGCCUCCAUCGCCGUAUUUGUCAACUGCAAAUCCAUCCAGAAUGCUAACACCAAUCUUCACAAGCACCUGAGUAUCACCCUCUUCCUGGCACAGUUCAUCUUUCUGAUCGGAAUGCGGAUUAAACAGCCGGUCGUGUGCGCCCUGAUUGCCGGGUGUCUGCAUUACCUCUUCCUUGCCGUCUUCGUCUGGAUGUUCCUGGACAGUCUGCAGCUUUUCAUCAUGUCCAGAAAAUUGACAGUCACCAAUUACACUCGCACACAUAUCAUCAAACGAAGAUACCUGUACGUUUCUGCUUAUGCUGCUCCUGCUGUGAUAGUCAUUAUCUCAGCAGCAAUAUACCCCGGAGGCUAUGGAACAAAAACCACCUGUUGGCUGAAGCACAAGUUGGGGUUUAACUGGAGUUUCCAGGGCCCGGUCUGUUUCGUGAUUCUGGUCAAUACAGUCCUUUUAUUUGCGACUCUCUACUUACUGAGACGCCAUUUGAACUCGCGCAACAAGGAGGUGUCGAAGCUGAAGGAAACCAAAUCCCUAACCAUUAAGGCUGCAGCACGGAUGCUUGUUUUGGGAUCCAUGUGGAUCUUUGGAAUAUUUCAAGUUGAUAAGAGCACUGCAGUGUUCUCCCACUUAUUCACGGUCAUCAACAGUCUCCAGGGUCUGUUCAUUUUCCUUAUUUACUGCGUUUUCAAUCGCCGGGUGGUUGAUGAAUUUAGGAAAUGGUUGACCAGUAAACAGAAGAGCAUUACCACAGGGUCCUCACAGAUGGAGAUGAACACGACUGAGGUACGUGGUAAGGUCCAGUACCUUGUGGACUGGGAAGGUAUGGCCCAGAGGAACGUACUUGGCUCGCAGCGAAGGACAUCUUGGACAAGUCGCUGAUCCGGGACUUCCAGCGGACACAGCUCUGUGGCGUCUCAGGGGCUAUGACUCGAGAGGGGGGCCCUGUCACAACCACGGAUUCAGCAGCGCAGUAGAUGUGGCAAUUGCGCUUGUGAAUUUGCACGUGUUGGGAGAAGAAGAAGGCGGGAGGAGAAGAUGGCGGUGCGCCUGCGAGUGCGCAGCUCUCCGGUGAAAAAUGAUAUUGUAUCUGUUAAAUAGGGGCCGUGGACAAUUCUGAUUUGAUGGAGAAUGGACGUGAAAGCACAGAGGAACAUCUGGAGAAAUUUCUGAAAUGCCCAUUCGCUGCUGUCAUUAGUGUGUGGUCAGGAACUUUCGGAGGGUGGGCUUCAAAAUCCCCGGUCUUGCCUGCUUUUGGCGACUGAGAAGGAGGUCGAAUCAUUCGGACAGAGAUGGCGCUCAGUACUCGUGUCGGAGAGCUGAUCAGAGCUCGAAGUUUUUGGAUGACUCAGAGUCGGAUUGUGGUCGGCAUGGCAGGGAGAUUUUUCUUCCUUCUCCCAUCUGCGUGAGAUGUGGGACAUUUGAGAAACUUUGAACUUUACUGUGCUCAUGGACUUCUUCAUCAAGUUAUGGUAUUGUUACACUGUUUGUAACUAUAUGUUAUAAUUAUGUGGUUUUGUCAGUUUUUUCAGUCUCGGUUUGUCUUGUGUUUUUGUGAUAUCACACUGGAGGGAAUAAUGUAUCAUUUCUUAAUGCAUGCAUUACUAAGUGACAAUAAAAGAGGACUACGUGUCUUCAUAAUCAUCAUCAUCCUCGGAGAGAGCUGUCUUCCUUAAAACCACAAUUUUAGAAUCUCGCUUCUGUUCCUCUAUAAAUUCCUUUCUU